CUUCUGACGUGUUUGUUGUGUACACUUGGCACAUCAGUAUCCCGGCUCCGAGCAUAUUUGUAAUCUCCCGAAAUGUUCAAUAUUGCAACCCACAUGGACUUUGAAGGCCAAGGACGGGCCGAAAAGCUGUCCCGUAUCAUCAUCACACUGUUUGGAGGGGUCGGUCUCGUGUGGGGCUACAUCAUCCAGCAGUUUUCGCAAACCGUUUACAUUCUUAUCGCUGGCGUCCUACUAGCAUCUAUUCUAACCAUUCCACCGUGGCCCAUCUAUCGCAAGAAACCUCUGAACUGGCAAAAGCCACGUCCUGAAUCACAACCCGCACAAGCUUCUUCUUCAGAUGACACGAAAAAGAAAAAGAAGAAUUAGUGUUUCGGAUACGGUAUUUGUUUAAAUGGUAAAUAAAACCAUCAAGGAUUUGAUUUGUGAACAACAA